AUCGAUCAUGUGACAAUAAAAUGGCAGAAAAGCAAAAGAAAAGGAUAGAGGAAGGCUUGUUGAUUUCCUUAUAAAAUAGCCAAAAUAGCUCUCCAAGCGUGCAAUGGUUGCUGCAGCGGCAGAACGCUGAGCCAAAGCUGCCGAAAUUGUAUCCCGAAUAGAUCGCUGUCACUUAGUAGUUCUUUAGAAUCUAGAUGUGCUAUGCACGAAGCUUUUACGGCGAAUGUUCUACUUGAAAGAUUGCCAUUACAUAUCGAAUCAAUUACUUACUACGGUCAGUAUCUUUGUAAAACUAGAAAUGUCUGUUCUUCUCUACCUUCUAACAAAAUUAAGAAACUUAUUGAUUAGUCUAGAAGUUGAAUCAUGCGUAAUUUACUCUGUUUUGUUGAUUAGUUGUUGAAAAGCACGUACGAGUUCUUAUAUUAUUUAUGGAAGGAUUAGACCAAGCAUCAAAGACUAUCAACAAUAGCAAUUAUCUAAAAAUUAUAGAAUAAAAGAUUUUGUCAUUGAGCUAUCGAUAAAAUCUAGCGGGAAAUCAAACACCAAAUAACGUGAUCUUUCUCAAUACUCAAGAUAAUUAGUUUAUCCGAGAUGAAAGACAUAUUAGAUUAUUCAACGCUCCUAGUAGGAACAAGGCAGGGGAGUCUACUUGUAUAUACCGUUUUCUUUGAUGGAGAAUCAAAGUCUCACAAAGUUCGAAUCGAACGUACAAGUAAAGCGUUUUCGAAAAAGCCUAUCCUGCAAAUUGAAGUAGUUCCAGAAUACCACAUUUUACUUAGUCUUUCUGACAAUGUUGUUAGUGUCCACGACCUCACAAUUUUUACAAAGAUCCUUACUGUUGAAUCAACAAGAGGUGCAUCGGUUUUUGCUGUAGAUUUACAGAAAAUCCCCUCACCUACUGGCGAUUGGUUGUAUAACUUAAGAAUAUGUGUAGCUGCUAGAAGGAGAAUUCAAUUUUUCUAUUGGAGGAACAGAAACUUUCAUGAAUUGUACUCAGAUAAGGAAUUUUCCGAUGUAGUUAAAUCAGUUACGUGGUGCGAUGAGACGGUUUGUGUUGGAACGAAACGGGAAUAUUAUCUUGUGGAUGUAAUGAGUGGAAAUGUUAAGGACGUUUUUCCCACGGGAUCCAGGCAACAAGAGGCCCUCGUUACAAAACUUUCCGAUUCAGAAUUAGCUGUUUCUAGAGAUGAAACAACGGUUUUGAUAGAUAAAGAAGGAAAGCCUUUACAAAGAUUCGGUAUAAAAUGGAGUGACGUUCCACAAAUGAUUGUAAAUCUUCCACCUUAUUUGGUGGCUGCUCUACCGAAAUAUGUUGAAAUCCAAACAAUUGAUCCAAGAGUUUUAAUACAAAGUAUCGAAUUGGUUCGACCUCGACUUCUGUGUGUAUCAGGCAAUUCAGUAUUCAUAGCGAGUACAAAUUGCGUAUGGAAAUUAUGCCAGUCUCCCGUUUAUCAGCAAAUCGACCAAUUAACAAGAGCAAAGGAAUUUGAACUUGCUUUACGUUUAGCACCUUUAAGUGAGGAGGAUGAAGAGACUAAGAGAAUUAAAGUACAUCGCAUAAAAAACCUCUAUGCUUUCCAUUUAUUUGUUCAACACCGAUUUGACUCUUCUUUGGAAAUGUUUUCAGAAUUAGAGACAGAUCCAUCGCAAGUUAUCGGUUUAUUUCCCGAUUUGCUACCAUCUGAGUACAGAAAAAGAUUAGUCUACCCUGAUUCUGUUCCAAUACUAGAAGGAGCUGAGUUAGAACGUGGUUUAGAAUCUCUUAUAACUUAUUUAUUAGAGAAAAGGCAAAAAUUGAAAGAUAUGGGAAAGAAAGUUCACACUUGCUCGAUUGUUGAAGGGAAUGCUCUAAUAGUUUCUAAAAAGCAACUAGCCCAAAUCAUUGAUACAACCCUUUUGAAGUGCUAUUUACAGACACAAGAGGCAUUAAUAGCAUCUUUGCUACGCUUAAAAGAUAACCAGUGUCACGUUGUGGAAAGCGAAAAAAUAUUAAAAAGUAGUCACAAAUACUUGGAAUUAAUACUGCUCUACGAAAGCAAAGGAAUGCACAAAGAAGCUUUAGAAUUCUUAUUGGCAGAACAUCGCAAGCUUAACUCAGUUCUCCAUAGUCCCGAACAUACAAUUGCUUACUUGCAAAGACUUGGCUCAAAACACCUCGAUCUCAUUUUCGAUUACGCUUGCUGGGUGCUAAAAUUUCGUCCGGACGAUGGUUUAAAAAUUUUUACUGAGGAUAAUCAGGAAGUAGAGAAUUUACCUCGUGAUAAAGUUAUGGCUUAUCUAGAUAAAACUUGUAAACAAUUGGUUAUACCUUAUUUAGAACAUAUAAUCCAUGAGUGGGGGGAUAAAACGUCAUAUUUUCACAAUCAUCUUGCUUUUUACUACGUCAAUCGUUUAAGUCCUCUAAUGGACGAAUAUGUAAAAAAUUUACCAGCAGACCAACGACCGGCAAGGGCAGGUGAAGAGGGAGGAGAAUUAGGAGAGCUUCGUACCAGAUUGAUAUUUUUUUUAGAAACGUCCACACUAUAUUCACCGGAGCGUGUUUUAGCUGUUAUUCCAUUAAACAACUUUUUUCGUGAACGAGCCAUUGUCCUAGGUCAGAUGAACAGACACGAACAAUCAUUGGCUGUAUAUGUUCAUGUCCUUCAAGAUAAUAAAAUGGCAGAAAGCCAUUGUCUAAGAACCUACGAUAGAUGUAAAGAAGGGAAUAGAGAUAUAUACAUUCAUCUAUUAAAUAUUUAUCUAUCUCCUCCCAACAAAAGUAUACUUGGCUAUAUGGCGGAAUAUGCUGUCGAUCAUGGGAGAGUUAAUAUCGAGGCUGCCCUAGAUUUAUUAAAGCGGCACGCAAAUAAAAUUGAUACUGCUAAGGCUUUAGAACUGCUUCCUCCGGCUACUAAGUUGAAAGAUUUAAAGAUAUUCCUUGAAAAUGUGCUAGACCAUCAGGCUGUGUAUAAAAGGCGCUGCCAGUUAUUAAGAAGCUUGCACUUUUCCGAAUACUUACAAGUCCAAAGAGACAGAAUUCGGGCACAAGGCGUUAAAUUUGAAGUACGUAACAACGUCUGUGCUGUUUGUAAUGAAAGGAUUGGAACCUCCGCCUUUGCUCGUUAUCCAAAUGGUAUAAUCGUGCAUUACUGCUGUUAUGAAAAUCCUUAUACUGUUGACGCUCGUUAA